AUGGAUACCCCAUGCGCAACAGAAAUCUCCAUCGCCAUCCCAGCUAUCCAGCUUGCCGCCCGCAUCUCCAAACAUGUCCUAGCAUCCGCCAACAAAGGCACCAUCGAGAAAGCCGAGGAUCUCUCUCCCGUCACCGUAGCCGACUUUGCUAUCCAGGCCUACCUUACCAAGGUCCUCUCCUCCUCCUUUCCCACCGACAGCUUCGUAGGCGAGGAGUCCGCCGCCGCCCUGCGCACCAACCCCGACCUGCUGCAGCGCGUGUACGACGUCAUUCACGAGUGCAUUGACGAGGUCUCCUCGUCCAGCAACGACAACAAUGAGUCGCAGGUUGCGAUUGCCGAGGUGGUGAAGCGGGGUGCGCCCGAGAGCAAGGAGCAAGUGUGCGAGCUCGUCGACCGGUGCGGCGAUGGUGGGAAGGACGGACUGAGUGCCGAUUCGGGACGGACGUGGGUCUUUGAUCCGAUUGACGGCACCGCGACGUUUGUGCGUGGUGAGCAGUACGCUAUUAAUGUUGCGCUGCUCGAGGGUGGGAAGCAGAUUCUCAGCGUGGUGGCGUGUCCGUUGCUGAGCAGGAAGGCGACGGCACCGCUGGGCAAUGCGAGCGUGUUCAAGGCGGAUGAUGAUGAAGAUGGCGAGGAAGGGUGUAUCGUGUAUGCGGUUCGAGGUUUUGGGGCGUACGUGAGGCCCUUGUUCGUCGGACAGGGUUCUGGUUUGACCAUGUGCGCCUCAGAGUCGCUAAAAAGACAUGCGGAUGGCGUUACUGUUUCCGGGCUGAGGUCGGUAUCAUGCUGGAAUCUGCUGGGUUCGGGCGUGGAUGAUGCACAUAAGGCGGCCACGGAGAGGCUCGGUGUCGAGUUCCCAGGUUCCGACCUGCUUGGGUGGGUGCCGAGGUGGGUGGCCCUGGCCCUGGGGUUGGCGAACAUGACUGUCUGGGUCUACAAGAGACGCGAUAGAUAUGCGAAGAUCUGGGAUCAUGCCGGAGCUAUGCUUCUCUUUGAGGAAGUUGGUGGCAUGAUCACGGAUGUUGAUGGAAAGGAUAUUGAUAUGACAAAGGGGAGGAAGCUGAGUGCGAACUUUGGGUUUGUGGCCGCGCCGAGAAGCGUUCACCACGUUGUGUUGAAGGCUGUGAGACAGACCUUGAAGGAACAGGGAAAGGAGGCGCUUCUUACUGCGGCUUAA